AUGUCGGUGAAGGGAAGAACAUCCUUCAACGAGGUCAUUUCAAAGACACAUGCAAUUUACAAGCCAGAGCGGGGCCGUUACUGGAUUUACGGUGCGCUUGGAUGUCCGUUCUCCCAGAGGGUUAUGCUGGCCCGGUCGGUAAAGGGCCUAAACUCGGUCAUUGGCCUCACUGUGGCGCAUUGGCUGAUGGGUCCCAAUGGGUGGCAGUUUGUUCAAGGUGACGGCAAGCUUGUGGGUAAUAAGGCGUACCGGUACGAUGGCGGUAUCGAGUCCACUGAGGAGAACAAUUCUGGCAAGUUUGGAGAUAUCACUGAUGACACGGAGCGGCUGUUUGUUGACGGGACUCCAGACCCACAUUAUGGUGUGAGAAGCAUCAGAGAACUGUACAAGAUGAGCGACCCUGAAUACAGUGGGGUGUUUUCUGUUCCCUUGCUAUUUGAUUUGAAGACAAACACUAUCGUCAACAACGACAGCGGUGAAAUCAUCAGGCUGUUGAAUAGCGGUAUAUUUGACGAGUUUGUCAACACUGAAACCCCUGUUGAUUUGGCACCCAAUGACCUGCUCUCUGAGCUGGAUGAAUUCAACAAAUGGUGCCAGCAGGGGAUAAACUCCGGUGUUUACAAAAUCAACAAUUCUACUUUUCAGGAGGAAUACGAAACGAAAUCUACCGAGCUGUUCGACGCUUUGGACAAAGUAGAGGCGAAACUGGCCGCAAUAUAUAAGGAGUUGGAGUCGAGGCACUGCCAGGAUGGGAAAGAUGAGAUUCUGUCAAAGUUCUACCUAUUUGCCAACCACAUCACUGAGGCUGAUAUUAGACUUUACGUCACCAUCAUCAGGUUUGACUCCAUAUACGCACAACAUUUCAAUUGCAAUUGGAGGUCCAUAAGGGCGGAUUAUCGUUUCAUCCACCUAUGGUUGAGGAACUUGUACUGGAAUCAUGAUUCAUUCAGAUUGACGACCAACUUCGAUCAUAUCAAGCUGUUUUACGCUAGAUCGUUCAGGAAAACAAAACCAACUGGGCAGAUCCCUAUGGGUCCGGAAUUUGACAUCUUAAAGUUAUGA